AGGUCUCUUAUUUGUUAUAUAGUAUGGUGAUUGGUGACUCUCAUUAAUUUCUUCAAUUGUCACACUCUUCACUUCUCCAACAUGUCAAGCCACUUUGUUUUGUAUCUCUUCCUUAUCACAAUCUUCCAUUGCUUUUUCUUCUCUAACUCUCACUUGAAAAUUCUUCUCCCAACUCAACUCCGCCGUAUCUCAUCGUCGGUCAAUUGUCCUGCACCGGACUCUAGCCUAUACUACCAGCCGGUUAUCGGAAUUCUCAGCCAUCCUGGUGAUGGUGCCUCUGGUCGCCUCAGUAAUGCUACUGACGCUUCCUACUUGGCUGCCUCAUACGUUAAAUUUGUGGAGGCUGGUGGUGCUAGAGUUGUUCCACUUAUCUAUACUGAGCCAUGGGAGAUACUUCUUAAGAAGCUCGAAUUGGUAAAUGGAGUUCUCUUCACUGGUGGAGUGGCUAAUGAUGGUUUAUAUUUUGAAAUUGUUGGAAGAAUAUUUAAGAAAGUUUUAGAGAAAAAUGAUGCUGGAGACUACUUCCCAUUAUAUGCCACCUGCUUAGGCUUUGAACUUAUAACAAUGAUUGUAAGCGAGGACAACGAUAUUCUUGAAGAUUUUGCAGCAGAAAAUCAGGCUAGCAGCCUUCAAUUUGUGGAGAACGUGAAUAUAAAAGAAUCUGUAUUUCAAAGAUUUCCUCCAGACUUGUUAAAGAAGUUGAGUACAGAUUGUAUUGUCAUGCAAAAUCAUCAAUAUGGCAUAUCCCCAGUAAAACUCCUGGGAAAUCAAAAGCUAUCGAGUUUUUUCGAGAUCUUGACAACUUCCAACGAUCAAGAUGAUAAGGUUUAUGUCUCUACAGUACGUUCACGUAACUAUCCCGUGACUGGCUUCCAAUGGCAUCCUGAGAAAAAUGCCUUCGAAUGGGGCUCACCAAGCAUUCCACACACAGAGGAUGCCAUUCGAACAACUCAGUAUGCUGCAAACUAUUUGGUCAGUGAAGCGAGGAAGUCCUUAAACAGACCAGUUGCUCAGGAAUUGUUAGACAAUCUCAUAUACAAUUACAGACCCACUUAUUGUGGGUAUGCAGGGAAAGGAUUCGACGAAGUUUAUAUAUUUGAAUAAAGUCUAAAUUCUGGAGAUAUCAUUGCACAUGUCAAUUCAGUGUGUGUUUGUAUUGUAUUGGUGGUUGAACGUGUUUGGAGGCGCGUAAAACCUGAGCUCAAUUUUUUCGCUUUCCAGUUGAACGUGCAUCCGAAUGCAUGAAAACUGGCAAAUGACAUUGUCGUAUUGAUGAGUAUGUAUGUAUCCAAUACUAUGCACAAUAAUUGUUGUAUGAUAACAUUGUACCAAAAGAUGUACCAAAAAACAUGCUAUUAAUAAACAAAAAAAAAUCUUAUUAUUAC